GCAAAUCAGUCAGAUGGGAUGUGCACUUGUCAAGCAAGAGCAGAACAAGAAGAAACAUCCCAGCUAAAAAUGAAGUUUCUGAGCCUUAUUACCGUUGUGGCCCUGGCUGUGUCUGUCUCUGGUGAUUGCAGUACUUGUGAGGAUGGCGUCAACGCCAUCAUGCAAAGCAUGAGCACCAGCAAUGACAUCACUGGCGCUGUGGUCAAGGAUGCCUGUUGUCCAUCUCAAGAUGAUCCCGAGAGCUGCAAUACUGCCGUGGACACUUGGUGGCCCGCCAUUUCCGCCGCCAUGGCAGCCAGCGAAAACAUGGCGCCCAUCACUUGCGCUGUUUUGGAUUGUGGUGAUGCCGCCAAAGCUUGGGAUUGUGACACCUGUAAGGCACGCUUGGAGGAUGUGUGGAGCGUUACAGUUGGACCUGUGCAAAACGCCGCUCUUGCUCAAUACUUGAAGGGUCCAGCUUUCUGCGGAAGUUUCAUUUGUGCACCAUUGACGGAGGAUCGCUUUCAUGAUAUCACAAAUCGAGACUCUACCCCGUCCAAUGGAACAACAACAACUCGUCAAAUUAAUAAUGAGUUUCCAUAG